AUGUCAAUCUUGCUCUGGCUCAUCAUUGCAUGUCCGCACAUCUACAAUACAUACAGGACAAAAAAUGGCAAGUCUGUGAUACUUGUGGAUGCAGUUUCAAGCCAAAAGGCUUUGACAGUCACCAAAGAGCUUGUGAGCGAUGUGCAAGAGAGUCUGAAGAAGAUGCUGAGCAAUGGGCUUUGGUCCCAUGCAUACAAGGUUCAUCCAGCUGCUGUGCCAGCCUUAUCAGCACAAGCUGCACAUCACAAUGGGCAAGCUUGGAUUGAGAAUGGCCAUGACUAUGAUCAUGACAAUGACCAAUAUAACACCAAUGACAUUGACAUGUCGUCAGAUCACUCUGAGCCUGAGGAUGUCCCUAGACAUGCUAUGGAUGAUAUCCAUACUGAAUUCCACCAGCAUGCAAGGAUUCAAACAUGUUGUGAAGAAGUAAUUGGUACUAGGUGGACUGCUAUUGAAGCACUUCCUUCAAUUAUGUGUGAGGGAAGCCAUAUGUAUACCUCUGAAUUCCUAUACCAAAGAAUCAACCAUGCCGGUGCAGCAGAUGUAACACACACAAAAUCAACCGCACUCUAUGGAGCAGCCAGUUGCAAGGGAUAUAGUAGCUUUAAGGGUAAGAUCCUAGUGGUAUGGAACUUCAGAGUGGUCAAAUUGUGCAGGAUUGUCAAGAAGGAGCAAAAUAGAUGGAUAGUGCAAGGUCUACAAAAAUAA